CUAAAAUAGAAUCUGAUAACAAGCAAGAGAAGACCAAGAAUACCUUUAAUUUACAAUAUAAAAGAUUUACUAUUACAAUGUCACGUCGCUCGGUAAGGUCCUCGAGAUCUUACUUUGAUAAAGAAGAAGAUGAUGUCAACAAUUAUGAAGCUGAGCCAGAAGAUGAAUUAGAAGAUGACGAAGGUGAAGAACAAGAAGUUACUAGAUGUAUAUGUGGACAAGACGAAUUGAGUUCAGAUACAAUAAACGAAAGUUUGAGCACCCUCCUUCUUAAUGAGUAUGAUAUCAAAAUUGAUCAGGGCUUGUUUAUUCAGUGUGAUAAGUGCUCUGUUUGGCAACAUGGAUACUGUGUUGGUCUUUUCAUAAAUGAAGAUGUCCCUGAUAAGUAUUGGUGUGAAUUGUGUAAACCAGACUUACACGUAUUCGUUUAUGAACACAAUGAAAGUGUAAGAACUCUAUAUAAGCCUGUCAAUGAUAAAAGAAAAAAGCUACAGUUAGAAAAUGUGGAAAACAAUGAAAAUAAUUCUGCAUCAAGUACUAGACUGAGGACUUCUAAGAGGCUCACCCCUUCAUCUUCAAGUGGCCUGAAUAACGAUAAAAAAGAAAACCAAGAUCAUUCUAAUGGAAGCAGCAAUCAAAAUAAAAAUCAAAAAGGACACCGUAAGGAAAGACGGCACUUUGAUGAUAAUUAUGAUGAACAACUUCAAAAAGCAUUGCGAGAAAGUGCAAAAGAGAGUGGGAUCAACUUCUCAGAAGACCAAUCUAAAAAGGAAGAAGUCAGUGAUGAUGGAAAGAAAGAGUUUGUUGCACCUGGCUUGAAAACAAGACCUAAAAGGAAGUCAAGCAAAGAUAUCUCUGAUAAUGACUCUUCUCCCUCAAAAAAGGUCAAAACAGAAGCUGAAAAAUCUGGCUCUGAUAUGAAUGAUGUUGAUGAGUCAAAUCUAGAGGAAGACAACGAAAGUUCGUCAUAUACCAAGCUGAAGGCACGCUCGAAGCUGCGAGUAAAAUCGACGAAAUCCAAAUCAACCAGAAAAGCCACUCCUAAAUCUGAAUCUAAAAAUACCAAUUCUUCCGGUAAUAAUUCUAAUAAUCCACCAUUAAGCAAAGAAGAACUAAUAAAUCAAAGCUCCAAGCCAAGAUAUGUUCACGAUAAAUCAACCAUUUAUGAGUUACGCAAACGCACAGGUGCCAUACUAGAAUGGCUCGGGCGCUCUCAACUAGAACUAGAGGAAGAAAAAGAUUCCAAGAUCCAACUAUUCAAUUAUAAAGAAAAACCUGAUAAUGAAACUGAUCAAAGAAAGCUUAUGGAAGAAAAUUUAAAAAUCGUCAAUAGCUUCAAUGAAAAUCUAAGUCUAAUGGAAAAACUUACUGAAAGCAUACUACUUUGGGAACAAAAAUUUGGCAAGUAUGCACCAUAAUUUCUAACAUGUUUAUAUAUAUUGAUUAUCUAAACUAUAAAAUUUCUCUCAAUUGAGUUCUUCUGGCUUGGGCAUUCAUAUUAUUAGGAACUACUUCUGAGGAGUCGUUGACGAUAUCGUAUAGUUUUUCAAGCCAAGUUGAACUAUUAAGAACGCUAUCCCCACCAAUCACUAAGUUGACCUUUGGAUUGGCAGCUCCUAAUUCAUGAAUUAAUCUUGAUUCUUCAUAUGUAACACCACCUUUAAUAUAUAUAAUAAUGUCUUGAAUUGGACUGUCAUUAGAAAUAUUUCCGUAUUGAUUGGUCACGUUGUCUGGAAUUAAAGUACUGAGCUCUGAGGGUUGAUUUUGGGAUUGUUGAGAAGGAUUGAUCAAGUUAUUUAAAGUUUCAU